UUUAAAUGAAAAAAUUGAGAUAUCAGCAGUAUGUGGCUAUGGCUUAUUCUCUUCUCCAUAGCUUCAUUGCUUCUUCUCCUUGUCACUCCCUCACGCCUUCCAUCUGCUCUCUUCACACACCCUUCAACCUUAAACUUGUGCACAAAACAACUAUUCCCACAUUCUCCUCUCUACAACGUCUCAGAGCUGCUGUUGAUGGCGAGCCCCAAAUCUCCACCACACCAUCACUUCUCGCUGAGGAACAACCACAGCUCGAUAAGGAAGUAGAGGAGUGUGUUAGAGUGCUUAAGAAUGCAGCCAAGACAAGAAAAGUUCCACAAGAAGAGAUCCUGAAUGCUUUUUCUGUGAUUGAGAAGGCAAAGGUCGACCCCUCUAAGUUUUUUCAAACUCUAGGAGGAACGGACUCACCAGGGAGAACUUGGAUGCUCGUUUUUACUGCUGAGAAGAAGCUAACUCGCGGUAAAUAUUUCCCGAUCACAGCCAUCCAGAGAUUUGAUGCAGCUGGAAAGAGGAUAGAGAAUGGAGUUUAUCUUGGACCUCUUGGAUCCCUGAGCUUUGAGGGCAGGUUAUCAUGGAAGAAAAGAAUACUUGCAUUCAUAUUUGAAAAAAUCCGGAUAAAAGUAGGGCCGCUUGAUCCGUUUGAGUUUAGUUUUAAAGGAGAUGAUGAAAGGGAGCCAACCAAUGCGGAUCCGUUUUUCAUUUGGUUCUAUAUUGAUGAGGAAAUCACUGUUGCCCGUGGCAGAAGUGGGGGAACAGCAUUCUGGGUGCGCUGUAAACGUGUUGGCCAGUGAUGUGUUACGCCUUGUGAGUUAUAUGUCUUGGUUUCUUGCUGUAUAGAAACAUAUACAUUCCUCUCUUGCUAAAUUUAUUUGCAAUAGAAGAAGAGAAAUGCAAGUAGAAGUUUAUUUCUGUGA